AUGAGCCGUCCGUAUACCAAAGGAGGUGGCCCCAACCGAGCCGACAGCCGAAGGCGACGGAAAGGUGACUACGAUCGUGAUGUCCUCACCGAUCGCGGUGGACAUAAUAGCAGUUGGAAUGCUAAACCUGAUAGAAGUCGGCGAGGCAGUCGGGGUGGUUCCGGUCCGCCGGGAAAAGGGACUGGCGGUAGUGAUAAUCAAGUCCCGCAGUCAACAAUGAUGACAACUCUGUUGGACCUUCUCUUUCAGAAGUCUUCCAGUGUCAUCUUCAACCGGGAGUCUGGCAUGUUAAAUCUUUCAAACUUCAGUCAGUCUCAGGAUCUUACUGAUGUUCGAAAGAGUGUGGACUUUAACAACGUCACAUUCUGCCGGAGCCUUGUGAGUGUCAUCAAGAGUCACAUGGGGUCGAUGCUACGGGCUGUUGCUGUCAACGACAAUAAGAUAACCAAAUUGUCUGUUUUCUUGUCGGCGUUGGUGGAGGCUGACCUUCACAUUGGGAUCACAGCGUUAUCGGCCACCGGGAACACCAUUGACGACCUCUCCUUUAUUGGACCCCUGAAACGUUUUGUUAACCUUGGUGAAUUAGUUUUAAAGGAGAACCCCGUAACGAGACGGGAGGAUUACAAUUCAAGUGUGAUUCAAAAGGUCAAGUCACUCAUGAUGCUUGACGACAAGGUUAUUAACCGCGCACCGUUGCGCCUCCCCAACCCAAUACCAUCAAGCCUUUCGCAACUUCAGUUUCAGGUUUUAUAUUUCCUUGAGGCUGACGUUUUCUCCGCUGCGGCGGAAGGGAAAUGGGAUACCCUGACGGGGGUCUAUGCUAAAAAUGCCCUCUUUAGUGUUAGUCGUUCAGAGGAACCCAUUGCGUGCCGCAUCCCAUUUGAUGCGAAGCACAAAUCAGACACACUAAACCCAACCCAGCGCAAGGUAAUGACAGACGACUUCGUUUUUUUGCGUAAGAAUGUGCCAUGGCGGAAUCUUCACGUAGAAAUUCAUUCUUUACGUUCCAUCGCUUGCGGGCAAACGAAGGCUGUGAAAGCCAUCAAUAUCCUCGGAGGGGGUGAGAGAAAGUUUUUUUCCGUAUCGCAUGAACUCAAUGGUAAUGCCAAUGUUGUGUUCCUAUCGGACAACAUGGCGGUACCAACAUGUGUCCUAACAAUUCAUGGAAGGUUGUUUUGGCACUGGUCACCAAUAGAUGGUGGCGAAAAGAUAUUUGCGCGCGAUGAUGCCCCUUUUGUGAGUUGUUUUUUCCACCGCACCAUGUCCUUAACGUUGGACCCAAACGGGACGACAUGGUCGGUGCACAAUGAUAUGAUGUUUCUUCGCCCUGACCGACUCCUCCGGCAGGAAAGUGGUGAAAAGGCCCUUCCUAUGUUCUUUGCGAAUGAUCCCAUGCGAAUUGAGGAAAUGCGGCGUCGGUACCUUCCACAAGCAAAAACUGAUGUGAUGAAAACCAUUGUGGAAGCCGUAAGCAGCGAUGCCGACGUUGUAGGUUUUAUUCAGAAUUGUCUUGCGAAACUGCCACCGGAUCAACUGGAAAUCGCCUUGUCGGCAAGUGAUGUCAUGGCAAACUUACUUGGAGGUUAA